CAACAUUCAUAAUUACGUUUGUACUUUUUAGAUUAGUUAAUCAAUGUGUCUCAUUUACUUGUAACAAUUAUAAUUCAAUAUGAAAAAUGGUGGCAUAUGUGUUAUUGCAAUAUUGGCAAUAAAUGUCAAACUAUCAAAAUCUUGCAGCUGGCCAACUGCCUUUAGAAAUACAAUAUGGCACGACAGUAACCGUGGUGAGGUGACAUUUACAGAUACGACACUGAGUGGCUGGGGCGCAACAGCUCAAGGAGGGACAACAAUAGAUUCAUGGGAAUGCUACAGUGUAAAUGAAACUUCAUCUACUACAUUAACACUUGUAUUGAAAGCAAGCACAACAUUUGAAUUAUUUAGAAUUACCUAUGUAGUUUAUGCGUGUUUGCAAAUGGAAGAGUUUUCUGAGCAGGGUUACAUGUACUACCAGAUGUCUGACGAAGAAUCCAGAAUGAGUUAUGACCGACUCCCUGUGAUUGAAUCGAGUACAUAUCUAACUAACCCACCAACAGAAAACCUUCUUUGUUUGUCGUCAGUUGACACCAAUGCUCCAUCUGCAGAGGAAUAUCAUGUCAUCAUAAGAAAUGAUAAAACAGAGGCCGCAAGUCGUGCUUGUCCUAGUGAAUAUAUAGGAUCACACAAAUACAUUGUUGAUGACACGACAACAGAAUAUUGUGACUCUGGUGAUAGUUCUUGGAGCGUUUGCUCCAGCAGCGACACAAUGAUGUUCAAUUAUACACUUUGUUCAAAAAUACUUGCGUACUCGGAUCAAGGUCUUGUGAACUGUGUUUUUGACAUGGUAGAUGGAAAUUACACACUUGUUACGGUCAUGACAAAGGAAAUAUCAAGUAGCCAACGGUUUACGUGCUUCGUUUCACAUUUGGCACAAAAUGGAACUCUGUACGUCUCACAAAGUCCUGGAAGUUGUGCUAAAUCACAGACGCCUUAUGAUGUACCAACAUCUGGACUAAGAAUGGUAUUGAAUGACAAAGGUAAUAAAUUGUUCUAG